CCUCAAUAUCUUAUUUCGAGCGGUUCGGGCGUUGACUGGCAGCUUCUUGGAGCAAGUUGAGAACGCUGAAGCGCAAAUGAGCCUAUACUACCGAGUGAUUGAGGACGAACAGCUGCCGAGGACAUUCGACUCAAACUUUAAGUAGACAACAAGAGCUGACGUAUUUAUAUACUGGUGGUGACGGAACGACUACGUUGUUAUUCAAAAUCACAGAAAGUGACAGCACCGCCACGUUGUCGAACAAUGGAAACUAAACUCUGCACUCCCGGGAAUCUCACCAACUCGUCCACGUCUCCUUGUGUAAUAAAUGACACCGACAUUGAUUAUUCCUACGAUUGGGACAAUUACGAAGCCAGAUUUGUAAAUAAUCUUCGAAACUUUGUUUUCCCGGUAACGCACGAAUGGGUUCUCAUUUCAGCGUAUUUCUUGGUGUUCAUUCUGGCGCUGGGUGGCAAUGUUCUGGUGUGUUAUGCCGUGCUGAGAAACCCACAGAUGAGAACAGUGACGAAUUAUUACAUAUUGAACUUGUCCAUCGCCGAUAUCCUCGUGUCCCUAAUUUGUUUGCCGAUCACUGUGGUGUUUGAGACAUCGGAAACGUGGUUUUUCGGGAACCUGGCCUGUAAACUGAUUCCUUAUUUUCAGGUCGUUUCCAUGAGCGUGUCCGUUCUUACGCUUUGCGCAAUAGCCGUGGACCGAUACUUCGCCAUCUGCCAUCCGCUGAUGUUUAAGAGUACCGCAAAGCGAGCCAUAACUGUGAUAUUCUCCAUCUGGAUAACCUCCUUUUUGGUACCCAUUCCACAGGCAGUGGUUUAUGAAACGGAGCGACCAAUAUAUACGAAGAAUUACAUUUACCUGACGAAGUGUUUUGAGCGCAACUGGUUCGGUUCGAUUCAACAAAAAGUGUACCAUAUAGCUCUUGUACUGGUGAUAUAUGUAAUUCCUUUGGUUAUGAUCAUCAUAGCGUACGUUUUCAUUUGUCGCCAAUUGUGGGCCAAAAUACCAGGCUCAUACGAAUCAUGUGACAGCAAAAAGAACGCCUCGAAUGGAAAUAGCCACGUGAGCACAAAAGCAUCGGAGAGUCAAUUGAAGUCUCGAAGAAAGGUGGCUAAGAUGUUGAUUAUAGUGGUUGUCAUAUUUACCAUUUGUUAUUUGCCUCUUCACCUACUCAAUAUAUUAAGGCAGUUUUCGUUCUUUGACGAUGUGGUUCAUAACACACGAAGCUCUUUCCAUAUACCCUUUCUGAUAGCUCAUUGGCUGGCCUUCGCUAACAGUGGUGUCAAUCCCAUUAUCUACAACUUUCUCUCAGCUAAAUUUCGCCGGGAAUUCAAGGCCGCAUUCGCUUGCUGUUUUUGUUGCAGGGAUACAAAGCACAAGAGAGGAAAACGGGGACACGGUUACCACAGUUCCAUGAUGAACAGUAGCUCGGUGAACAACUCCAAAAGUUACUGUAACACGGAGCAGAUGAACAUGAGUGUGAUCAGAAAUAGCAAUGCUAAUUCAAACUACUAUGUCUGAUUGAUUUCCUAAGCGACUUGUCACCAACGUGGAAGUGUUAUAGUGGAGCACGAAUUAAUACGUUAACAUUCGUCCACACAUCCGUUUUAUCGAACCGAGGCUCAAAUUACCCGGUAAUUCCACGAUAUGAUCUCGGGACGAAUUGCCAUAAACCCUGGGAAUAGAACAUUUGCAAUGUGACACCUUAGCUCAUCCGCGUGUACGUAGGCGUGUGAAAAGUUGCCACGUUCGGCGUUGUAUUCGUGCUGACAAUUUUGCGAAUGUAUGUUGUAUCAUCGCAAAUGAGACUAUGAACCUAUGAACAUUCGUCAAAGGCCAGAUGCACAGAAGACGAUACAAUCAGUUUUAAAUCGAAUAUUUAAUACGGUAUUCAAUACUGUGACAAGCCUAAUGGAACCCAGUCGUCUUCGAUCGUAAUGAUGGUCAUUUUAAUUACUUAAGAAUACUGAACUUGUUCACUUCCCCAUUUAUUAAACGAAACACAAACUUAAUCUCAA